UGCCCCCCACGUGGCUCCCUUCCCACCCCUCUUUUCUCCCCCUUGCAGACGGUGAGUUCCUGGCCAUCGGCUCCCACGACAACUUCAUCUACAUCUACAGCGUGGGGGAGGGGGAGCGCAAGUACAGCCGCUUCGGCCGCUGCACGGGACACUCCAGCUUCAUCACCCACCUGGACUGGUCCAAGGACAGCAAGUUCAUCAUGUCCAACUCUGGAGACUACGAGAUCCUCUACUGGGAUGUGGCUGGCGGCUGCAAGCUAUUGAGGAAUCGCUUUGAGAGCCGCGACCGGGAGUGGGCAUCGUACACCUGCGUGCUGGGCUUCCACGUUUUUGGUGUGUGGCCGGACGGCUCGGAUGGCACAGACAUCAACUCCCUGUGCCGCUCCCACAACGAGCGUGUAGUCGCUGUGGCAGACGACUUUUGCAAGGUGCAUCUGUUCCAGUACCCUUGUGCCAGGGCCAAGGCGCCCAGCCACGUGUAUGGGGGCCACGGGAGCCAUGUGACUAAUGUGCGCUUCACGAAUGAUGACAGCCACCUGGUCUCACUGGGGGGCAAGGACACCAGCAUCUUCCAGUGGCGGGUGCUGGGGGGCAGCCUCCCCCACAGCUGCUCGCUCUCCUCUGCCUCCCUCUCUUCCCAGGAGGCUGGGGGCUGCGCCUGAGCUGGAGACACUGCAGGGACCAAGCCUCAUUGCCUGUGGGCCUGGACAGCUCUGGUACAUGGACCCCAGCAAGCCAGGCCCAGCCAGAGGGUUCCCUCACCUCCUGGCACUAACGCGUGCUAAUAAUGCGACCUGCUUCAUUAACACUGGGGGGCAGGCCUGGAUUCUGCUCAGGGCCCAGCACAGGUCAGAGUGGUGGGGCAGGGCUGAGGGCCUGUUGGCAGCUCCCACCACCAGGGCCCAGGGGCUCAGCUGGGAGGGUGCUGGGAUUGGGGCUCUUGCCUUGAAGUCCUCAUUGCAUGAGGGCCGGGGGGAGGGGGGGAUGUCUGGCAGGGGAACUCAUGGGUUAGGGGGACCAUGUGGGUAUUAAUGGAGGCAGCCCAUCUUUAGGGCUGGGGCUGUCCUGUGUCCACCCUCACUCGGUUCCCCAUUCCCAGAACAUGUGUACAAUGGGGCCUGUCUAUCUGGGGGUAUUCUCUCCCCCCAGGAGCCUGAGGGCUGCCCCCAAUGCUGGGACCAAGCCUGGAGAAGCAGGACACUGCUCUCCCCGCUUCGUUUACAUUCCUGGCUGCGCCAGAGCAACAAGACGCUGAACACUGUGAGAGGCAGCAAUAAAGCCUUGGCAUCAGGG